UUUGAUUUCAGCGGGUUCGUCUAGUCUAUAUAUCAGCACUGUAAGCCGAGCUUUUUCCUUCAAAUCUACUGAUACUGAAGACCCAUUUCGAAUUUUCGAUUUGCAAGAUUUCUUUUAUUCCACAAAGCCCCUCGUCUGAUCCCGCACUCUCACUUCCUAAAUAAUUUGUAUGUGAUGUAUGUUUUUCUUCUCCAUUUUUUCGGGUUCAACUUCUUGCUUAUCGAAUUUGAUUCUUAAAAUGUCUGAAAUUCUUAGUUUUAGUUUGGUGGAUCCGCUGCCAGACAACAUGAUCGGCUAACUGGUACUUGUCUUGGGAAUCGAAACUUGCCUGGCUUAUUAUCUCCAUAUUUUUGGGACAAAUCGAAGGCGAUAUGUGGUCAGAAAAGGAUGAAACAUACUUCUUUUGUAUAUAUGACCAUAUGAAAUCUGGCUAUUGGUUGUGAGAAUGCAAAGACAACCAUUGAAGUCCCCUUGCAAACCGCAGAUGGAGUUGGAUAGGAUUAGCAACUUACCGUGUCAUGUUGUAGAACAAAUUCUGUCGUGUUUGCCGAUUAGGGACGCAGUGAGGACAAGUGUUUUGUCAAGCAAGUGGAGGUACAAAUGGGCUAUGGUUGCGCAUCUUGUGUUCGAUAAUCACUGUCUCUCGGCUCAAAACCGAACAACCUUUGUCAACAUUGUGGAUCAUGUACUCUUACUUCACAUUGGCCCCAUACACAAGUUCAAGCUUUCAAAUCGAGAUUUUCUAGCCACUGGUGAUAUUGAUCGAUGGAUUCUUCAUCUAUCAAGAAGCUCUAUCAAAGAGUUCAUACUUGAAAUUUGGAAAGGGAAUCGCUACAAGAUGCCCUCAUCUUUAUUUUCUUGCCAAGAUAUGUCUCAUUUGGAGUUAUUUAAUUGUUUGUUAAGACCUCCGCCAACAUUCAAAGGCUUCAGCAGAUUGAAGAGCCUUGAUCUUCAGCAUGUUACCUUGGCCCAAGACGUCUUUGAUAAUAUGGUUGUUCGCUGUCCUCUGCUUGAGAAAUUGACUGUGAUGAACUUUGACGGUUUCACCCUUCUCAACAUUGAUGCACCAAAUCUCCAAUUCUUUGACGUUGGAGGUGUUUUUGAAGAUGUUAAUUUUAAGAAUACCUUAAAUCUUGCUGUAGUCUCCAUUGGUUUGUACGAGCAUGUUUGCAACUACCAAAGACGAGGGCCUCCUGGCAGUUCUAGCCAUUUGCUCAAGUUUUUUGCUCACCUGCCUCGUAUUCAAAGACUGGAAAUUCAGAGUUACUUUUUAAAGUAUUUGGCUAUUGGUACCUUGCCAGGAAAGCUGCCUAAACCAUGUCUAGUUCUGAAUUAUCUUUCUAUUCGCAUAAGCUUCACUGAUUCAGAUGAGAUCUUAACUGCUGUAUGCCUUUUGAGAAGCUCCCCUGCUCUACAAGAAUUAGAAAUUUUGGUCCGGCCAGAGGAUACAACUUGUGCAGGAACGGUUAACUUUCAGUUAGAUGACAACUGGAAUGGUCCAAUUGCCCGACUGCGCCGUGUGAAAAUAAACGGCAUCUCUGGUACCAAACCCGAACUAGAAUUCAUCAGACUUCUACUUUUAGGUUCACCCGCGCUUGAGAAGAUGACUGUUAAGCCCGCUUCUGUCACCUGUGGUUGGGAGAUUGUAAAGAAGUUGCUUCAGUAUAGGCGCGCCUCAGUACAUGCAGAGAUAAUCUACUUAGACCCAUGACAUGACUCAUUAAUGAGUUUUGGCAGCUAUGAGGACUUUCCUGCUGAAAGGAAUGUUGGUUUUGUAUGAAGUAUUAAUGAUGUAUGUUUAUUUUUCUGAACAAUGUCUCAUGUUGGUAAUGCCCUUGCAUUUGUGGAAUCUGAUAUCAGUAAGCUCUGAGAUCUGGAUUAACUUUGCAUGAAUAUUGCAUAAUGCAUGCGAUUAGGAGAUAUGAUAUUUUGUAGGGGAAUGCUAGCAACCUUUUCUUUAACCUUCUCUUUUGGACCUUCUCCAUUCCCAAUGCCCCAUGGCUGAAGCGGUUUGGUGUCACUGCUCCUGUUGGGACUUUCUUCAGAGGGUGGUGGCUGUGGACCUCACAGCUUGGUUCUAAGGUGUUGCCCUCACCCGUUCAGCCCUUGAGUUAGAGCAAGUCAUGAUGCGUAUGUGGGCUCUGUGGAACGAACGUAACCAAGUGGUGUGGAAUGAACGUCGGCGGAGUGUGGCAGAAUUUUUUAGCGGAGCCAUCCGGCUUCUGCAUGAAUCUCAUGAGCUUCAGCACCAUUCUCGGAUUCCUCCGUCUUGAGUCAAGGCAAAAUGGCAGCGUCCUUCCUUGGGGAUUAUCAAAAUCAAUUUGGGAGGGGCUUUUCGAGACGCGACGGGGAUUGGAGGGAUUGGACUUGUGGCUCGUGACCAUCAAGGCACUUUCCUUGCAUGUAAAUUGGUGGCUGUUCAGGGGGUCUCCAACCUUCUACAUGCAAAAUUACUAGCUUUAAAGGAGGGGCUUUUGUUUACCCAAAGAUGUUGUUUACCCAAAGAUGGCCUAAUGUGCAGUGGCUCAUUGAAGGAGAUGGUCAAGGAGUUGUUAACGUUCUAAGCCAAGUAUCACAGGACUUGUCCCACUUGGGUUGUUUAGUUGACAACUGCAAACUAUUACUAGCGCAGCAUGACAGUAUAUUGUUACAACAUGUGAUGAAGGAGGCUAAUGAAGCUGCUGCCAGGCUCGCUAGGAUGGCAUUACACUCCUCUGGGGAGGCUGAGUGGCUCUGGAACACCCCAACAGUUUUGUAUGAUGCGUUAGUUGCAGACUCUUUUUAAUCCCUUUGUUUCCAGAUAUCGUAUUUUGUACGGCUGGCAGGUGUGGUACUCUUUCCUACCCCGGGGUUUUAUCCCACGUGGUUUUCCUUGGGAAGGUUUUAACGAGGCCACCUUUACAUGCCCUUUUGUAUACACUUUUCACAGUUGAAUGGAAUGAAACCCAUCACUUCCCC